CCUUCACCACCUUCAUCUUCUUCUUCCCCGGCACCAGCACACACAGGCACGCACGCCUCCCGGCCGCCGCCGCCGCCGCCGCCGCCGCGAGAAUGGGUCGGGUCAUCCGGGCGCAGAGGAAGGGUGCCGGGUCCGUCUUCAAGUCCCACACCCACCACCGCAAGGGCCCCGCCCGCUUCCGCAGCCUCGACUUCGGCGAGCGCAACGGCUACCUGAAGGGCGUCGUCACCGAGAUCGUCCACGACCCGGGCCGCGGCGCCCCGCUCGCCCGCGUCGCCUUCCGCCACCCCUUCCGCUACAAGAAGCAGAAGGAGCUCUUCGUCGCCGCCGAGGGUAUGUACACCGGCCAGUUCGUCUACUGCGGCAAGAAGGCCACCCUCGUCGUCGGCAACGUCCUGCCGCUGCGGUCGAUCCCCGAGGGCGCCGUCGUCUGCAACGUCGAGCACCACGUCGGCGACCGCGGCGUCUUCGCCAGGGCGUCCGGGGACUACGCCAUCGUGAUCAGCCACAACCCGGACAACGACACCAGCAGAAUCAAGCUCCCUUCCGGUUCUAAGAAGAUUGUUCCAAGUGGGUGCCGAGCGAUGAUCGGGCAGGUUGCUGGUGGAGGGAGGACUGAGAAGCCUCUCCUCAAGGCUGGCAAUGCUUACCACAAAUUCAGAGUCAAGAGGAACUGCUGGCCUAAGGUUCGUGGUGUGGCAAUGAACCCCGUUGAGCAUCCCCACGGAGGAGGUAACCACCAACACAUUGGGCAUGCUAGCACGGUCAGGCGCGAUGCUCCUCCUGGCCAGAAGGUUGGUCUCAUUGCUGCUAGGAGGACCGGUAGGCUCAGAGGUCAAGCUGCGGCUACUGCUGCCAAAGCCGAUAAGAGCGCUUAAGGAGCAUUGCUAUUUUAUCUUUACCUUAUUUUUUCUCUCUCUGGGAAUUGUCUCGUUGGGGACCUUUUGUAGUUCACUUCCAAAGAUUAGUUGGUGCCUUUUGUAGACGAAAUUUCGACAACUGCGAGAGUCACGAUCAUUUUAUAUAUGAUUGUUUGUGUUGCUUGGGAUCUUUUAUUAUGUGAUGAGCUGAAUGGCAAUUGCUUUUGUUUCCUACU